CCCCGCCUGCGCCCGGCCGCCUCGCCCAUGGCCGAGGGCCGGCGGCGGGAGGACGAGGAGGAGGAGCUGCGCGAUCGCCGGGAGCUCGCGGGCCCGCGUCGCUCCCGGGGCCGGGCGCUCUCGGGACACUCGGCCUCAGAUCGCAACGAACGAAAUAAACCAGAGCACCGUUCUUCAAGCCAAGGACCCUUGUCAUCCAUUAGAGCAGCAAUCAAGAGAUCUUCUCGUCCUUCUAUUCAGAGUGAACUUCACAGAGAUAGAAGGCGCCCGGAGAUCACGAUUGUCGCAGCGGAGCCACUGAGGCCAACCUCUUGGUUCCCAGGAGUCCCUCCCCCAGGACUGGGGUUCCCCCAGACUUCCACAGCAAACCCCUGGAGGCCCAAUGACCUGGUUCCUGCAGAGCUUCCACCGUCUUAUGAGCAAGUCAUAAAAGAAAUCAACCAAGUUCAAGUUAAUACUACAAAUAAUAAUAAUGCUGCUGCCACACCUAGGCACACCAUUACAUCUGCAACUCAGACUGACUUUUCAGAAGAAAUAGACAACCAACUGCCUCAAACACUGCAGGCACCUCUCAAGCCUCUUCAGUCUCCCCCUACCAUCCCAGCCAGCCACCCUCUGACCAAUGUGGCUCCUUUAAUUGUCUUUGAUGUUUCUGAUGAUCAGAGUUGUCCAGAAGGCUCCAGUGCUACAAGAUGUCCAGUGCCAAGGCCAAGAUCAAAAAGCAACCUCAGACCAGUAGCUAGAGAUACUCACAUUAAAGAAAAUAAUCAUCAGAAAACUGUCUCAGUGGCCCCAGAAGAGGUGUCCUCCCCCUGUCGUCCCCAAUCCUUCUUGGAUAGUCCCGACAAUUUAGCUAGUCAGGCAGCGAUGAACAUUAUGAAUACAGAGCAAAGCCAAAAUAAUAUUGUUUCAAGAAUCAAAGCAUUUGAGGGCCAGACCAAUCCAGAAAGCUGGGCACUAUCCAAGAAACCAGAAAUUGUUCCCCGUACUUUCCCUCCAAGGCCUGCAGUUUCCUCAGGGAAACCCUCUGUGGCUCCUAAACCAGCUGCUAACAGAGCUUCUGGAGAAUGGGAUGCCUGGACUGACAACAAGCUCAGAGCAACCUCCAGGGAAGGGCUCAACCCUCAAUCACCACCACAAGAAGCAGGGAACAUCCCAGUAACCAAACCUGAAUUGCCAAAGAAACCAAAUCCCGGCCUUAUUAGAAGUAUUCAUCAUGAGAAUCUGGGAGGAAUGCCCAUGGCUGAGAGCCCUGAUGGUGGAAAGAAGGUCCCGCUGCCUGCCCCUCGGCCUUUGCUGCCCAGGAAGUCAGUUUCCUCAGAAAACCCCACCCCACCUGCAGCUCUGCUGAAACCAGUCACUGUUCCCCCUCGGUUCUCAGUGACAUCACAAGCCAAAGCAUUCAAGGCCCUAGGAGAAGGUCCUCUAGCCAACCCCUUGGCACCAGUUCUACCGAACAACUAUCCUCUAGGUUUACAGGAGGAUCUACAAAGCCCUCCUCCUCUUCCCACUGAAAAGCCUAUUGGAAACACUUACAGUACAGUGAUGGGAAAAUCCAGUAGCAAUGACAAAAUGAGGAAUGUGGAACCUAACGUUGCUAGUCAAACAGGAGGUCUUGUUCGAGGGCCCCCAAGAUUGCCACCGAGACCUGUAAAUGGAAAACUCCUACCCGCUCGACAGCCUCCAUCAAAGGCUCCUCCUGAGAGACCACCUCCUCCCAAACUUUCUGCAAGCAGAUCAUCAGCAAAAAAACUGCCUUUCAAUCGGUCCUCUUCUGAGAUGGAUCUUCAGAGCAAACCAAGUAACUUGGCAUCUGGAAUCACAAAAGCCAAGAGCCAAGUCUUUAGAAUUCAAGAUCCGGUGCUACCCCCUCGCCCUAAACCAGGACACCCUCUCUACAAAAAAUACAUGCUCUCUGUGCCUCAUGGGAUUGCCAAUGAAGACAUUGUCUCGAAAAACUCUGGAGAAGUGUCUUAUAAGGAGCCAGGCUACGCUCAGAAGCCUACAGACAGUAGUGCACCUCAUGCUGUGGUUCUUCAUGAUUUUGCAGCAGAGCAAGUUGAUGAUUUGAACCUCACUUCUGGAGAAAUUGUUUAUCUUCUGGAAAAAAUAGAUGCAGAUUGGUAUAAAGGGAAAUGUGGAAACCAGACUGGUGUGUUUCCUGCCAACUACAUCAAAGUGAUUAUUGAUGUUCCAGAAAGAGGAAAUAAAAAACGAGAAUCCGUUUCAUCUCAUUGUGCUAAGGGUCCAAGAUGUAUCUCUCGAUUUGAAUUUAUUGGAGACCAAAAGGAUGAAUUAAGUUUCUCAGAGGGAGAAAUUAUCCUCCUUAAAGAGUAUGUGAAUGAAGAAUGGGCCAGAGGAGAGCUUCGAGACAGAACUGGGAUUUUCCCCCUGAGCUUUGUGGAACUUAUGGAAGACCAUCUCACCUCUGGUCCAAAUGUUUCAGGCACAAAGGUAGGAUUGAAGACCAAAAAAGAAGAUUCUGGUACAAAUUCUCAGGAUAACAGUCCUUCUGGAGAAUGGUGUGAAGCUCUUCACAAUUUCGUGGCAGAGACCAGUGACGACUUAUCCUUCCAGAGGGGGGACCGGAUCCUCAUCCUCGAGCGCCUUAACUGUGAUUGGUAUAAGGGCCGCCUUCGAGACAGGGAGGGCACUUUCCCAGCAGUCUUUGUGCGACCCUGCCCAGCUGAGGCAAAGAUGUUGUCUGCGUUAGCACUGAAGGGAAGGAAAGCCAAAGCCUUGUAUGACUUCCAUGGAGAGAAUGAAGAUGAGCUUUCCUUCAAGGUUGGAGAUAUAAUAACAGAGCUGGAAUCUGUAGAUGAUGACUGGAUGAGUGGAGAACUUCUGGGAAAAUCUGGAAUAUUUCCCAAAAACUAUGUUCAGUUUAUACAAGUCAACUGAAGGUGAUGUUUGACUGUGUUCCUUGGCCCAAGAACUCACUUGAACUAUCUCACUUUGACUAUCAGAUUUGUUUUUUUGCACUAUUUUUUUAAACUGAAAGAAAUAUCUAUGCUGUACGUGGUACAAUACACUUUUCUGAGAGCAGAAAACAUCUAGAAUUUGUAGUUAGCUCUCAUUCCAGAUUAGAGAAGCACCCAGGGAAACCUUGAGGACAUCAGGCAAGGACAUUAGCAAGGCAGAGCCACACCCGCCAGGGAAACAGGUGGGGGAGCAGCCUCAGUGGGGGGGGGGGGGCUGACAGGCAGAAUUUGCACUGGGACUUGCAUUUCCUUUGGCUCACUAAAUUAACCCACUUCCUCAUUCUUUACCUUUAGUUGAAAAAGAGGAUGUUUGCUACUCCAGGGCUAUAACUAUCAGGACAUGGUGGUUAAUUGUAAAUUCAGUUUUUGAUAUUCAGAUUAAUCCUAACAUUUUGAGCACUUUAUCCUUAUUACCAGGGCAGGUCCUUGCUGUGGGAGCAGCUCGUUCAUAGACUAGUGGGAGCCUUCGUAAUCAUGAGGUGAGUCAGCUCACUCUCACCAAGCUCUCCUUGUGUUACCUAUUUUCCUUUGCCCAUGGAUUUAAGGGUCUAAAUUUGAUGAAUCCAAGUCAAAAGACCAAAAUCGUCCUGAAUUGCCUUGCUAACACAACUAACCCUUCCACAUACAUGCUGUACUUCUUUCUUCCAUGUAUACUUUAUGUUAACAGGAUUAUUAUAAUGCGUAUUUUCUGAAUCUGCAAUCAUUCUUUUGACAAUUACUGGAACCCAAAGAAAAAUUCAUUUUCUUUGUGUUACUCCAGUAAUACAUUAAAGCUGUGUCUUAUUUGAGUGGUACAUUAUGAAUCACACUUAGUCAGAAUACAGAGUAACUGCUAAUAUGGGAAAUAGUGCCAAGCCCACACAACUCAUUUUUUCUCCAACAUAAUCAGAAUGAGUAUUACUUUUAGGAGACUUAAGAGUGGUAAUUUUUUGUUUUCUCCUAACUCAGCCUAUCCCUAUAUAAUUAUAUGAGUAAAUAAAAAUCCAAUUUUCUGAUAAUAUAUUUUAAGCAUCCCAGCCAUAAGACAAAAAGUGGUUCUUAAUGUGACUGAAUCAGUUACAGUAGUGGGCUACAGCCAAAUAGGUUGAAGACAAUCUUCCAAACAGAUCGAUGGAAUAGGAUUUCGUUGUAAAUAUAAAUCACUUUUUCAGCCAUUUUCAUAACUUUUCUAUUGACUUUCAUAUGCCUGGCCAUUUUUUAGCUUUUAUUAUUGUUUCCCAUUGUCCAGUCAAGCAGCUAUUGGUCAGAGCACUUGGAAUGCACAGAAGGGAGGUGAUUUUACUUCAUAAAAUAUAUCUUUCAAUUACAUGGCUAUAUGGAAGGUUUUUUUUUACAUAUUUAGGUAAAGAAGACAAAAAUUUUUUGUCAGUAUCACUUGAAAAACGUCAGUGAGAAAUGAAUGACUUAAAGCAUUUAUCUCAAUUAAAUUCCCAUUUUCAGCAAGCUCUUUAGCUGGGGGGAGGGUAUUGUUGGGGAGGUUGGAACAGGAUGUGAGGUAUAUAUUUAUGCCUGUGUAAUUUUAGCAUCUUAUACUGAAGAUUGUGAAAACCUGGUUUUAUUGAAGAAAAACAUUCCUCUUAAAUUUUGACUUUCUGUCAGCAGAAUGAUAAGUGCAAUAGUUGUAAAUCUACUUGACACUAUAAUAAACUGAACUUUUCAAAGUC